AUGUACCCCCCCGGGUCGCCGCGAGGGCAGGUGCUCACCGUACCGGGUAAUCCGUACUGCGCUGGCGAGGAAGGAAGAAUGGGCGGCGCCUCGGUCGACGCGGCGGCCGCCCCCACGGCUGCGCUGGAAAGGAGCGCCCCCCCCUCCUUCCCAGGCCGAACGUGGUAUGGCGGGGCCGCCACCCGCGACCGUGAGCACCUGCCUGCACCUCGUCGACGCAGCACGCUCGCAGGGAAGGCGCCGCUGGCACUGCCGGAGCAGGUACAAAUACUCGCCGACCGUGGUUUCGUCACGCUGCCAACACGCACACGUUGCCGUACCGAUGGCAGCACCUGCUCCUCCUUUGAGCACCGCCAACCUCCUCCUCCUCCUCCUCCUCCUCUCACGCAAUCGUGCCCUCGUGCUGCCUCGAGGGAACCGGCCCCCCUGCCGCCGGCCAUUUCCCGCCGGCCAUUGACCAUUCGCCCUCGCCUCCUCUGUCCGCCACCCUUGUGCGUCCUGAGCUUACUCGGCCCCCACGCUCGAGCCGUCGACGACGCCCAAGGCAGCGACGGACGAAAAGGCAGAGAGAGACGACCCUCUUGCCGACGGAAUACAGUGUCCUUGCACGUGGCGGAGAGCAAAACACGCAGCCGACGGCUAUUUCCCCAUUGCCUCGAGACGAAGCGGCAAGCCGUUGUGCACGGUAGCGACGGCACACGCAGCGACGGUACACGCAUCAACGAGAACAGACAGACGCAUCGACGGACGGAAAGGCAGAUACGAAAUUGCCAGUAA